GAGAGGGACUGAGGGGGUUGGGGGCAUCAUGGCUCAAGCCCUGCCCUGGCUCUUGCUGUGGAUGGGCUCAGGAGUGCUGUGCACCCAGCCAGGAAUCCGGCUCCCCCUGAAGAGUGGACUCUCCUUGGGUCUCCGGCUGCCUCGGGAGGCCAUCGAGGAACUGGAUGAGUCCAGCCUCAGGAGCAGUUUUGUAGAGAUGGUGGACAACCUGAGAGGCAAGUCUGGUCAAGGCUACUAUGUGGAAAUGACAGUGGGCAGUCCUCCACAAACGCUCAACAUCCUAGUGGACACAGGCAGCAGUAACUUCGCAGUAGGAGCUGCCCCUCACCCUUUCUUACAUCGAUACUACCGGAGACAGCUAUCCAGCACCUAUCGAGACUUACGGAAGGGUGUAUAUGUGCCCUAUACCCAAGGCAAGUGGGAGGGUGAGCUGGGCACUGACCUAGUAAGCAUCCCUCAUGGCCCAAAUGUCACCGUACGUGCCAACAUUGCUGCCAUCACUGAGUCUGACAAGUUCUUCAUCAAUGGCUCUAACUGGGAAGGCAUCCUGGGACUGGCCUAUGCUGAGAUUGCCAGGCCCGAUGACAGCCUGGAGCCCUUCUUUGACUCUCUGGUGAAGCAGACCCAAGUACCCAACCUCUUCUCCCUACAGCUGUGUGGCACGGGCUUCCCAAGCCUCAACCAGUCUGAGGCAAUGGCCUCAGUUGGUGGGAGCAUGAUCAUUGGGGGCAUUGACCACUCCCUAUAUGUGGGCAGUCUGUGGUAUACACCUAUCCGACGAGAAUGGUACUAUGAAGUUGUCAUUGUUCGGGUGGAGAUCAAUGGGCAGGACCUGAAAAUGGACUGUAAGGAGUACAACUACGACAAGAGUAUUGUGGACAGUGGCACCACCAACCUGAGACUGCCCAAGAAAGUGUUUGAAGCUGCAGUCAAGUCCAUCAAGACAGCCUCCUCGACAGAAAAAUUCCCAGAUGGCUUCUGGCUAGGGGAGCAGCUGGUGUGCUGGCAAGCUGGCACUACCCCCUGGAACAUCUUUCCAGUCAUCUCACUCUACCUAAUGGGUGAAGUCACUAAUCAGUCCUUCCGAAUCACCAUUCUGCCACAGCAAUACCUAAGGCCAGUGGAGGACGUUGCCACGUCUCAAGAUGACUGCUACAAGUUUGCCAUUUCACAGUCAUCCACAGGCACUGUCAUGGGAGCUGUGAUCAUGGAAGGCUUCUACGUUGUCUUUGACCGAGCCCACAAACGAAUUGGCUUUGCUGUCAGUGCCUGCCACGUGCACGAUGAGUUCCGGACAGCAGCAGUGGAAGGUCCCUUUGUUAUCGCAGACAUGGAGGACUGUGGCUACAACAUUCCACAGACAGAUGAGUCGACCCUCAUGACCAUAGCCUACGUCAUGGCUGCCAUCUGUGCUCUCUUCAUGCUUCCACUCUGCCUCAUGGUGUGCCAGUGGCGCUGCCUCCGCUGCCUGCGCCGUCAGCAGGAUGACUUUGCUGAUGACAUCUCUCUGCUCAAGUGAGGGGCCCUCCAGGCCUCACAGGCCCUCUAUGGCUGUCUACUCUGGCCACAGGCAGGAGACAUGGAGAUAGAACAUGUGACCAGAGCACCUCAGGACCCUUACCCACCAGCCUGCCUAUCUUGACAGGGAGAGAACCAGAAGAUACUGGCCAGGUGCGUCCCACAGGGAUAAUGUCUUUAGAAGGGGGAAGAGGAAAGAAGGAAGCUCUCCAAUGGCAGGAAACCCUUUGGUCACUUCAAACCUCAGCUAGGAAACUUUCUGCUGCUUGAAACUUCAUCCCUAAAAAUUUCACCACCUCACCUACUUCUCCUCAACCCAAAUACUUCUUUCCCUUAUUCCCAGAAUUGGUACCAUACCCAGCCUUUGCCCUGCUGGUGUCCUGGGAUUAGACGUGGCCUGCUCUGGUUCUCCUCUUCAGCAGGGGCUAAUGUACAAUAGCCCCUUAUUUUUGUGUAGAACCUACAUAAAAAACCCUAAUUUGACUACAGGGGUGAAUUUUUUAAAAUCUGUGAAUAGACUGGGGUAUUUAAGUGAUUUUUAUUGGGGGUGGGGGGAAGAGAAGACAGGCAAUGGUAAGAAGGGCAGAUUGAGAGGGAAAGGAGAAGUUAAAGAAAAACAGUAAAUGGGGAAGACAGUCCCAGUUUUAGGCCUUGCCAUAGACACAGGACACCAUCUCAUAUAUCUCAAGCAGGAAGACCCCGAUUUGGUAAGGCAAUCCAGUUGUCACAAAUGAACCAGACUGGCCCCUACAUUAUGGCCACUGAUACUCCCUUUCCUAUUCCUCCUAAUUGACUUCAAGGUAAACUCAGAAGAAAUUUUUGCAAAAGUUGACCAGAGUCCUCAACAUUUGCCUUCAGGAAAGAGCAACUAGAUUGCAAAUCAAAUUUCUCCCCUCAAGGUCCACUUGGCAAAUUACCUUUUCCACUGCCUGGACUCUCUGUUCUCAGAGCACUGCUAAGACUCCCUAGCCACCUCCCUUUAUUUCAUGCCCACAGAGAGAAUAAAUGGAAUAAGGCAGAGCUUAGCUGUAUUUCUUGAGCUACCUACUCAGAGGAUCUCAUCUCUUUCCCUUCCUUCCCACCCCUUUACUGAGACACCAAACUCCCAAGGUCCUCUAGGACUCUGCAAGUUAUGGAGUUAAGUGAACCGAUGGGAGAUUUUCCCCUUAGUCUUUGAAAAGAGAAUCCAGGACUUUCAACAAGUAUGGAGUUGGGACCUUGGACUUUGGCUUCAAUCUCCCUAGUGUUCAGCUAUAAACAGGGAUCAGGCAUCUGUUCCCUGACUAUCCCAGACCCCCGUCAUAUUCAGGUGGAUGAAGCAACUUCCAGUGCGCUGGCAGAGUACUGAUAGCUCCCAAAACUCAGUGCUCUCUGGUCCUGUUGCUAUCUAGUACCAAAGCUGCCCAGAGAGAGGAUAGCAGCUUCUUUCUCACAACUUCCUCAUUUCAUUAUAGGCUUUCUUCCCUCACUGAGCGCCAUUCUUUCCCCUGGCUCCUUGGCUCCCCUGUCCAUGUGUUAUAUUGCCACCUAGAGCUAGGCACAGGGAGAACAAGUUCAUCUUCCCACAGCACAGAGGACCUGCUGUACUGUUAGCAGGAGGUGAGAAGGAAACACAAGUAAUCUCAACUCCACCUCAGACCCCUCAAAGGAAGCCGCCUUCUCUGCACCACUUUUUUCUAGUCUAGCCCAACCAGUCUAGAUGGGGGUUGCCUGGCCUCCUUUUCUGGGGGGGGGGGGGAGAAGGAUGAGGGGAGAAGAGGAUAAAACCCAAGGUGCAGUUUCUGGAGUUUCCUGUCUCAGCCUGGCUACUCUGUGGACCACAGCCCCAGAGAGCUCCCCACAAGCCAUAAGCAAGUAACAAUGAGAAUAAUGAACCACAGAUUCUCAUUUCUCCACCCACACUUGCGGUCCCUUUGCUUUCACUGCACCUGGUGCUGCUCUGGCUGAUGGGGAUUACCACCCAGAACUGACGGGAAGAUCUCAAAAUACUGCUUCCUCCUAGCUUGAGACUUUAUUUGGGUGUGUAAAUAAACCUUUGGGACUGCUAGGGUAUAAUGAAAAGGCCAAGUUCUGCUUUAUAAUACCUACCCAAGGCUAAGGAAAACUGGUUUUUUCCUAGCUUUUUCCAGGGCAUAAAACCAACAACUUUGGUUAGUUGGUCUAGCAGCCCUACUAUUAUUUUUUUAAAGAGAAAAAUGGUUGUACUUAAUUCUUCUUUUUACAAUUCCCUCCUCCAAGUUGCCCUACCAACCUUGAACUUUUAAAUGUAAAGAAAAUCCCUCUCAGUGUCUGCUUCUUGCUUGUAAGAUAUGUAUGUAUAUAUCUAUUUUUUAAUUCUACCCUCAAAAGCCACUGUCCCAUUUCCAAUCCUCCUCAUUUGGCCUACUCGGAUUUCACAUUUGUAGGCCAGUAGGCAAGAGGAUAGAUGGAACUUGGGUGUUGCUUUACAAUGGUUCUUAAGACAAAAGGGAAAGAACUGAGCAACACUGGGGUCCUACUUCCCAUACCCAACCUCUCCAGAAGCACUUGUCAUCUUGCUAUAGGUUAGGUUAUCCAAGGGCUUUUGCUAGGGGAGAGGGGUGUUAGCCCCUCUACUCUAUCCCACACACUUUAUUCUCUCCACUCCUAUGGCUCUAAAGGCUUUCUGGAGGUAACUAGAAGUUAUUGUUCUUAUCCAAGUUAGUUUCCUAGCCUUUUAUAAAAACACUGAGAUGCAUCAAAGGUGGCCCAGAAACUAUGAAGCUCAGGGGAGGCAGAAAGGUCAUAAACAAAGAGAAUCACGAAAUGAAGAGAACUAAGAAUUGACCUCCAAUUCUACAUACCAACCACAUUUUCUGCCUCAGACAAAGCAGUCAGAGUAAAAGCCAGUUGUUAUGAGGGUAGACAUCAUUCACAAAAGGCAAAAACAUUAACCAGAGAAAUCUGCAGGAGGUAAUAAUGGAGGACAUGAGCCCUGUGAGCUGCAGCAGCCUCCUCACCUCUGUUCCAGUUCAGCAGCAGACCAUUUGAAAAAUGACAAAGGUGACUCAUCCAGGCCAUUUCCUUGACCUGAUGGCCAGACACUGAAUGUUGGUAUGAGAGACAAGGAAAGGGAAAAGAGAGAAAGGACACCUGGGUGAACAGAUGGGAAGGGAAGUAAGGAAGACAGCAAACAGUAAAAAUGGGAAAAAUGCAGAUGGAUCUGGAGGAAAAGUCUUCUGCCACCCCCAUCUAAUCAGUAGAGAGUGAUUACUACAAGGCUCCAGCAAAAUAAAACACAGCCUGCUCAUACUGACCCAAAGGUUACUGAUAAUAAUACAACAGGGUUCUUUCAUACAGGACUAGAUACUUGAGUCAGUGUUUGGUUUUCACCUGGAUGAAUCCCAUUAGGGAAAGAUCUCGCUUUAAGUCCUGUUGGAAUGGGGACUCAAUGGCUUAGGGUAAGAUUCAGAGAUUUAACGGAGGUAUGAUUUUUCUCAGGAUGGAAUUAAAAAAAAACCAGAAGAGACCAAAGGGCAAGGUGUAGUACUGGCCAGCACAUGGAUGACUAACUGUAAAAUGCAACAUGGAAUCUAAAAUCCAUGACAUAGUUUGGUUUCUGGUGGCCUCCCCUCCUCAUCCUACUCUGGUCUCCAUUUUCCCCAAUUACAGAGAAGAUAUGCCCCCAGUAGCACUCUUGUUUCAAAGAUUAUAAAAACUACCCAAGAUAAUUCUGUAGGUGAAUUUGCACAGAGAUCUCCUCACCCCAGUGCCUGCUCAGAGCUCACCCAAGGACACCAAACAACUUGGUUGUGAACCGACUGCCUUAACCUUAAGGGGGGGAGGGGGGAGGGCUAUAAAUCUAUAGACUGGGAGACCAGAAGCAAAGGAGAAGGUGAGGACUUUACAAGGUUGGUCUGUCAGAGAUAGGGCACAGCAUAAGUCAAUGGGGGAAAGGCGUAGGAGAAACCUAUAGGUUGUCCCAACCUCUGCACAGACACCUGUAUCCAGGAAGUAGGGUGGCAAGGGGAAUAGGGGAAUUUGAUUGAUAUUGUUAUCCUCAGACUGUGAAUUCAAUUCUGCUGAUGUAAACUGCAAUACUCUGUAAACCUAAUGUCUACAUAAAAAUAAUGAUUGUUAACACAGUAAAUUAUUCAAUCUAAAGUCAAA